AAAGAGCUGUUGAGAAAUUGUCGCACGAGCGAGUCAAUCGUUGGGCUUCGGGCCUUGUGCCACCCUUACGCCCCCCCCCCCCCUCUUUUCAUUCCAUUUUCCACUCCCAGUAUGGAACCCUCUCAACAAAAGCAAGCAUCCAACAUAGAGAAAAAGCAAUAGUAGUAAUAAAAGAGAACAAUUGAUCUCAUCAUACUGUAACCCUAAAAGAAAAUCAUGUGGAGAAGACUCUCAUCUCAGUUUCCAACUCUAAGAUCCGCGGCUAAAUCCAAUCGCCUUUCCGCCGCCACCUUAUCCUCUCCGGCGAAUCUCCGGCCUACGGUUCCUUUCAUUGCCCGCUACUUCAGUACUGCUACUGGGGGUGUUGUUAAGAAAGUGGAGGAUGUAAUGCCAAUUGCAACUGGUCAUGAGCGCGAAGAGCUUGAAGCUGAGCUUCAAGGAAAGGAUAUUCUCGGCAUUAACUUUCCUGAGGGUCCUUUUGGCACAAAGGAAGCACCAGCUAUCGUUAAAUCCUACUAUGACAAAAGAAUUGUAGGAUGUCCAGGAGGUGAAGGCGAAGAUGAGCAUGAUGUUGUUUGGUUCUGGCUUGAGAAGGGUAAGCCACAUGAAUGCCCAGUAUGCACUCAGUAUUUUGAGUUGGAGGUGGUUGGCCCUGGAGGACCUCCUGAUGGACAUGGCGGCGAUGAUGAUCAUCACUGAUGGCUUGCAACUUUUCUCCCGGAAUAAAUCUGGUUGAGAUGAUGAGAUAUUUUCUUGCUCUACAAACUCAGGAUUCCAAGUUCAGUGGUUUUGUUUGCUUUUAGUGGAUCAAUUGUUCUUACGGCUGCUCUUACAAGGGUGAAGUUGAAUAGUUUUGCUUUUAGAUUUUACUUAGACGUCGAAUGGUCUGUUACAACUACAAACCCAGUUUCUCCAAACGCAGGGACUCAAUAAUCAAUAGCCACAUAUUGGAUUUUUUGGCGAGUGGUCCUUUUUGUUUUUGUUUAAGUGCUCAUGUUGGCACAACCUUGUAGCGAAAUGAUGUUUUAUCAUUACCAAAUUGCAGCAACGUACUUCUGUA